AUGAAUCCAUUCAGGAAGAAGUCCACUGCGCCGGUGUCGACAACUCCUGUGGUAGAUGUGCCGCCAGAUCUAUGGGGAGAUAUAAUGGAUCCAGCGCCGAUCGCCUCUCCGGAAGCUGUGGAGGAGAAUCCAUGGGCGGAUGUACCUCCGAGUACCACUUCACCACCUCCGUCGGUGGUGUUGUCUCCAGCUAAGCCCACGUCAACGGCAGCCUCAACCCCCUCUGUGGCUGCCACAACUGCCUCUCCCCCGCAACCCAAGGUUGCCCCGCGAAGCCCCCCACCACCUGUAGCUCCCCGCCGUAGAUCCCAGAUACAGCGGAAAGCUCCAGUGCCCGAGCCGGAGCCUGUGGAACCCCCAAUCGAUGAUCCCUUCAAUACCGACACCUCCGAGCCGGAGACACCACCCCUUAACCCGUUCAAUAGGAGCUCUUCGGAACCGCCUGAACCUGCACCGCCGAAGCAGAGGCAAAGUCUUGAUGUUGAUGCCUUUAAACGGCUCAUGUUAACGGGUUAUGCCGACACUCCGCCAGCAGCUACUACAAAGGACGGAUCGUCGACUUCCGAAAGCAGUGGAUCCAGAUUGUCCAUAUUCGAGCCCAUACUAGAGUCCAAAGGUGGUGAAACGCCACGGAGUAGUGAAGAAGUAGAUGUGGAAGGUAGGCGGAAACCGCCGCCACCAAGACCUCGUAGGGUGUCUCCUCCGUUGGGGAGGAGUGCGUCGAUACGACUAUCAGUGCCUCCUCCACCGCCACCGCCUGCUCCGACGCUUACGUCGCCUGCCACUUCGCCUCCUAUUGGCUCGGUCUCGCCAAUUGUCAGGACCCCCAAUUCACCGCCGCAAGCUUCACCGCCGGCCUCGCCAGCGACAUCGCUCAAGAAACGUCUGGUUCCUUCACCUCCGCUUUCGCGCAGACAGUCCGUACGCUCUUCUGUGGAAUUGGAGCGACCAUCAACUCCUAGUGGUGGGUCGGGAAAAGUGAAGCCCCCGCCUCCACCCCCACCAGUGAGGAGGAUGAAGAGUACAAACCACAGAACCCAUGAGCGCACUCCAAGUAUCGGGAAUAUGCCGCCACCGCCACCACCCCCGCCGAGAGGCAGGACCGUUAGUGGCAGCACAAUAGAAGAGAAAGUACCGGAAGAGAAGGAUAUCCUAAUAGAUCUCCAGAAGCUGCAGAGAGAGGUCGAUGAGCUGCGGGGGAAGUAUGAGCAGGGGAUCGUGACGGUGGAUUAG